CGCUUGGAAGAGGCUGCUGGGAUUGCCCGAUCCCUGGAACGAGAGCGGGAAUGGAGCUUUACUGAGCUCCGGGAUGCCGGGGCGGUGGAGCGAUCACGGAGGAGAGGAGAGGAGCCCACGGCACCUCCAGAUGAGCCCGUAGGACCGACCCCCCUGCGCUGCCUCUCGCCCCUCUCGGUUUCCCUCUCCGGGGCUGUUCUGUCCGCAGCUUCUGACACUGAUCACGACCUGCCUGCAGGGGCUCCUCCACCUUUGGCAGCAGUGAUUUCUAACGUGGUCUUUAGGCAUACCUGCGAAAAGUGGAUAAGCAGUGCGCUCUCUGGGAUUGCUCUCACGUGGGAGCCUGCAUACUGCAUCAUAGGCUUCCCCCAAAAAAAUCCCGUCAGGUGAUGCACCUGCCUUUCUGGGAACAGUCUACAUUCCUUAUGUGAAAUUCUGCUAAGAAAAAAAUAGGCCUUGUGUAUAUAUACUAUAUAAAUAAAUGGUAUUUUAAAAUAAUUUUCAGCAACUCCAAUACAACUAUUUAUAUAUUUAAAAAAAAGCCUAAGAUGGAGUACCUGAGAACUUUUAGUUUUGGGGUUUUUUGGCACCUAAAUCUGAAAAAGUAAAGUUUAUAUAGUCCUAUUGUAUGUAGAUAUGAAUGUGUAUACUUACUGGAACUUUUGCUCUGUAUGUCAGUGAAAUCUGAUAAAAAGCUCAAAAAUAUUAGGCUUCUUGGAAUAUAUAUAAAAAAAAGAUGGCUGGAUCAAGACCCUACUACUAUGGUCAUUCUUUCUUUUUCAUCUGCUUCUUUCUUGGAGGAAAGAUUGCAUCUUUCCUCAGCCCUUAACAGUGUGUCAGAAAGCCCACAUGAAGAAAACACUGUGGGAGGAACUUCACACCAGAGAAUUCAGUGGUAAGACAUAGAACAUUAGGAAAUCUGGAUUUAUUAGUUCAGUUUAUGAAAGUACUCAACCUUUUUAUGGCAUGUGCUUUUCGCCAUUCAUGACAGUCAGUAUUGAUUCUGGCUUGUGAUUAAUUAAUAUUCAUCAAAUGUAGAGCUCUUUAGGGAUGUGGUGAAGUCUUUGGUACUUAAUCCACUACAUUUUCUUUUCCAUUUACAUUUCCCUCACCUUACUAGUUACACUUGUGGUUUUUUUGUUUCUUUUUGACCAGUCAUUCCUGUCUCCAUUUCCUUGGUUCUGUCCCAUUCAUCAUUCCCAGUUUCUUCAGUUCUCUCUCCCCAUGCUGUUUCUCUUUUGUGUGCUUUACUGACCUUUAAGUUGCUAUUCUUGCCACGUUUCUCUGUUCUGAUUCCUAGUCCCAGUUCUUCUCAUCUUUCUUUCCCGCGCAUUCCUCAUUCAGAAUCAUUCUUUCCUCAAGAAAUUUCUUUUCUUGAGUUUCCUCUGAGGAUGCUUGCUCCAGCCAUUUUGACACUGCAGUUUCAGAAGACUUCCAAGUAUUCUUGUCGUCCUCUGUUUAAAUUGACUGCUUUCUUCCUUCAUGCUGCCUGGGCCUAAUACAGGGCAACCUUCUCUUCCUUUUUCUUUUUUUUUUUCUAACUAGGCUGCACGUGGCAUGGGCUUUAACAACUUGAAAGCAGGUGAAUCAUUCUGGCAAAAUAUAUGUAACUGAAAAGUGUGUCUUACAGGCAGUCUCAGAAACAAGAAGUUCUAGGAACCAAGCCUAGGACAAACGAACAAACUGGAGCAUUUUAGCAUUGAGGAAUUUAUUUAAUGCUUUUAAAAGGACUUGUCAUGUGUGUCUGCAAAAAUGGGGAAAGGCAAGGGAGCAAAGGAACAAGAAUAAAACUGGGCUAAAACAUACUUAUACUCCCAUGCAGAUACUGCUGUUGUGCUGCUUAAUGGUCCUGUUGUACUUAUAGUAUGGGUCAGAUAGUGUGAACUUGGCAUAGAAUGAUGAUGUUAAAACUUGCUAUUGAUUUUUACUCUAUUUGAUGUUAAAGUGUAAAACCAACUCAGGUUGCUUUUGUUUGGAAAAGCUAAAAAAUGCUAAUGUGUGUUGCUUUGUGUUGUCUUUUAUAAAAAACAGAGUCAAAAGCAUCCUUCAUGUUGGCAUUAUGCAUGUAUUGGAAAAGGUUGUGUAUAUGGUACAAAUCCCCUUUAUUUCACUUUUAAAAAAUCUGUUCUCUCUCUCCAAAAGCUUUCCUCAGUUUACAGUGCUAAAGGAUGGUGCCUCUACUUAUUUUCUUAAGUCACUUGCGUAUUGUUUAUAAGAAAUCCAGUGCGAAAUUGCUGCAAAGCAGGGAUGAUUAUACAGAGAGUAGUGCUGAAUUCACGGCCUGGGAAGAAUGGAGUGCCAGUGGCUGAAAACUUCCGACUAGAACAAAGUACAAUAGCGGAUACGGUCCAAGCAGGACAAGUGCGUGUUAAAACCCUCUAUCUCUCUGUGGACCCUUACAUGCGCUGCCGAAUGAAUGAGGACACUGGCUCCGAUUACCUCCAGCCCUGGCAGCUCUCUGAAGUUGCUGAUGGUGGCGGUGUUGGGGUUGUGGAGGAGAGCAAACAUGAUAACCUCGCUGAAGGAGACUUUGUAACUUCCUUCACCUGGCCCUGGCAGACAGUGGCGAUUCUCGAUGGAAGCUUGCUACAAAAGCUUGUUCCACAGCUUGUAAAUGGACGCCUUUCCUACUUUCUCGGUGCAGCUGGGAUCACGGGACUGACGGCCCUGUUGGGUAUCAGGGAGAAGGGACACGUGGCUGUGGGUGCAAAUCAGACAAUGGUGGUGAGCGGAGCAGCCGGUGCUUGCGGCUCUUUGGCUGGCCAGAUUGGCCGUCUGGAGGGCUGCUCUAGAGUGGUGGGAAUCGCUGGCACAGAUGAAAAGUGCUCCAUUUUGGUCCAAGAAAUGGGGUUUGAUGCUGCUAUCAAUUACAAGAAGGGAAAUGUGGCAGAACAGCUACGUGAACUCUGCCCAGGCGGUGUGGAUGUUUACUUUGACAAUGUUGGUGGAGACAUCAGUGAUACGGUUAUAAGUCAGAUGAAUCAGAACAGCCAUAUCAUCCUGUGUGGACAGAUUUCUCAAUAUAACAAAGAUGUGCCUUAUCCUCCUCCACUGCCUCCUGACAUAGAAAAAAUACAGAAAGAAAGGAACAUCACAAGGGAAAGAUUCUUAGUGUUGAACUAUAUGGACAAACAUGAAGCUAGUAUAUUACAACUCUGCCAGUGGAUCCAAGAGGGUAAACUGAAGGUCAGAGAGACCAUGGUAGAAGGCUUAGCAAACAUUGGUGCUGCUUUCCAGUCCAUGAUGAGUGGAGGCAAUAUCGGAAAACAGAUCGUCUCAGUUUCUAAGUAAAAGUCACUGGUUUGAGAAAAAUAAUUGCACUCUGUCUCUAAUGGUAACAGACAGAGAAUCUCAAAACAGGCUGCCUAAUGACAGAGGUAAUGUUGCAGACACUUGAUUUUCUGUUCUCUCAGUAACUUCUCUUGGCUCUGAAUUUUUAGUCUAACAAUGCUCUUUUACCAUCUCAGUGGGGAAACUUGAAAAAUGAGCAGUCAGCUGAACUGUCCACAGAAUGGGUUAUGCAUUGUCACUACCCAGGUCAAACUAAGUGGAAUCCAUGGACUGGGAAAGAAACACUGCAAGAAAAUAAUUUUGUGUGCUGUGGAAAGUAAGGGUAUCAGAAUUGCCUAAUAUUGUUGUGAGCAAUAUGAAAACUAGUCCUUUCAUUUCCUAGUGCCUAAGCUGGCCCUGAAAGAAGGAAGCAUGCAGUGAUGGAUGCCAUAAACUUUGAGGAGAAGAGACCUGCAGUAUAGCAUUAGAUUGUCUAAAAUAAUAAUAAAUACCUGUAUAUUUCAGAAGAAAUUUCAACUAUGAACUGUGGUGAAUUUCUAUUGUAUGAAUGUAAGAAAACAAUCAUAACAAUAAGCAUUGUUAUGCAUUUUUCAACUACUAAACUAGGGGACUGGUUCACUUUCAGCUGGAUUGUGAAUCCAGUUUGUGUCCCUAAAAGUGAGAUCAUCACCCAGUAUGCAGUAAGCCAAUCUCACAUACAGAGCCAAGAUCUUUGUUUUUUCAUGUCUGUGGAGAGAUGAGUGCUGGGUGGCAAAUCCAGCAAGCCAGCACACCCUCACUCUGACAGGUGCUCGUUUUUAUACACUUGGAACAAUAACAAAAUUGUCAUGUCCUGUAUAGGCAACCACCUAAAGCUGUAGUCACUGACUUUGCUUUUCCUUGUCUCCAUUUAAAGAUACAGUGCACUGUUAUUUUACCUUGCAUGCUCUAUCAGGAAAAGGCUUAUGUGAAUAAGGGGUGAUCUUAGCCUGUGAGCAGGUAUUUUACUAUAUUAAUGAGCACGAAGUUCUGAUAAAGUUGUUCCUUGGCUUUGUAGUUUGAUUUAUACUGUUCUUACUUUUCCAGUCACGAUUCUUGGUUUCUGUAAGUUUGGUUAUUCCCUCGUUUUUCAUAAGUUUUUUUUCCUGUCCUGUAGUACAAUGAAUUUUUAACCUUCUCAUGGUACUUUUUCAAGAACACUGGAAUAGAAGCCAAAAUUUUUAUACAGUAACUUCAGUAUGUUGUCAUAGUUGGCAAAUGAAAGACAGAAAGCAAGAGGUGAGCAAAAUUCUAUGAAUUCCUACAUAUUGACUGUUUAUAGAUGAAUAACUCAGUUGUGAAAGUUAAGCAGUGCAGGCUUGUAUGACUUGGUAAUUGAUGUGUAUAUUAGAAUCAGAGGCAGCAAGAAAUGCAGUGAUCCUGAGCACUGUGUCUAGACUUGGAUUCCUGUCAACUGGAUUUAAUGAGGAGAGUGCUGCUGGGAAUACAGCCUUUCCAAACAGCGUCCCCAGUGAGUGUGCUGAUGUGCCCAUUGUCCCCUUUCCUUUCUUUAUUUGCUCCUACAUGCAUAUGCCUGAUAGGAACAUUGAGGUUGAAACAGCAUCACCAUCACUCUAUGCACCCUGUGUUCUGCAUUCAGUUUCUGCCAGGCAGAUUAGCCUUAAUGCACUCUAACACAUUUAAUCUUUCUGAAUAAGUCUCCUCAUCCUUAUAGUUCAUUCUUAGAGCAAAUAUGUAAAUGCAAAACAAAAUAGCCCACUCCAAAUAUAUGACCAGUCAUUAACACUCCGCAUGACCAACCAUAACACACACACACACACACACACACACUGCAGAAAAUCUGGCUUUAACCUGAGGCUCCAUUGCUGCUGCUUCUGAAAAUUGUUAUUGAUGCAAAAAUAUUUUUACAAAUGAGAAUACUGGGUGCUUUUUGGGGCAUGGUGUCACCAUGGUGUUUUCCUAUUUUCUUCUACCCUUGAAGGCUAACCCACAUAAAACUUGCAAUGUCCUAUAACAUGCAUUUCCCUAUAUAUGGCAUCCUCCAAUCUAUCAAUUUGAUUUCCAUUUCAACAGUCUGUUUUGAGAGAAAUGUCUUUUAUUCUUAAAACUGAGGACUGUUCUCUUUUAUUCCAGCCUGCUUGGAAGGAAGUAUACAUAGGAUAGUAUUCAGAGCAAGCUAAUUAAAUACCUGUAUAUUUCAAAAGAGACUUCGGCUAUGAACUGUGGGAAUACUCUGAGUUGAGUUGCUUCAGGGACCUGUGUGUGAACAACUAUACCACUAGAUGUAACCCUAAAAUCUGAUGUUGGAAAAAGAAAAUGAAAACCAGACGCUCAAUGCCUUCUUUGCAAUCUAACACAGGAAGAAUGAAAUGUAAAGAUAGAUGUUGGUAAACAAUAUUCUUAUCCUUUCUACUGCUUAUUUAUAUAGCAAAAAAGUUAAUUUUACAAACAUCUUUACCUUACAAUUAUCAUCCUUACCAUUUCUUGAGUUGCUAGAUGGCCUUGUAGAGGCAUGACAGACCACAGAACCUGUGCACCACAUGCUUCAGUCAUUUAACUAAAUGAACUCAGAUGCUGAAUCUUAAAAAUAUUACUCAGCUAUUGCUGUUAAAGUUAAGCAAAAGUAACACUUUACAUAGGAGGUAAAAUUUCUCUCCUACUUGUUUGAAUUCCAAUAUUAAAUCAACCACUUAAUGUCCAGAGAGUGUCCCAAUACCAGUAAGGUCUCAAAAUCUAAUUUUUCUAAAUAAAUGUCCCACAUUCAUAAUAAUUUAAAAAUGUAAACACUCUUUUAGACAAACAUACAUAUUCAAAACAAUUUUUCUAUAUAGAAACAAAUCAAAAUUCCAAACAAACCACUACAGAAGUAAAAUGGCCAGCAAAAUGGAAUGGCAAGACCUAUACAAUACCGUGUUUAAAAUCCCAAAGAAAUUAUAGGGUCUCUUAGGGCCUGGGCUGAGUGUGGCAUCCACGCAGAUGAAUGAAUAGUUCCCAAAGGAGGUAGUGUGGAUGUAAUGGAAAGAGCCAUCUUUACGCCAGGCAGAGUAUUUCCUAACAAAAUAAAGUGGAAAUAUUGCUGUUAGGAAAGCCUGUAGCAAUGACAACAGCGACCUGCAUAGUAUAAACGCAAGAUGCCUUGCAAGCAUUAGAUCUAGCUCCUUCUUGUUACUGCAGUAGUCUCUUAAAAGUCAAUGGCAUUGAAAAAUCUGUACUUCAAAGAAGAUGCAUUACAUGGGUUAUGUGUUAAGACAAGCAGCAAGUUAGCACACAAACAUUUAAAAAAACGUUAGCACAAAUAUGCUUUCCCUGAGCAACACAGUACUUUUUUAUGGAUAAAGGAUAGGCCAGCAGUGUACAACAAACAGGUGAGAUGACAGAACAGCAGGAUCUUACACAAUUCUUAAUUAAAGGAGAACUACAAAUUAAAAAUAAAAAUUGUCCUGUGUUUAUCAUGGUAUCCAAAAGAAUUUUUCCUUGCUCACCUAGAGCAUAUCAGGGACAUCAAGUCUUGUCUCCAUUAUUUUGUUAGAUUUCUCUUAAGUUACUCUCAUGUAGAAUAAUCAGCUCUUGGCUAAUGGAAUAUGAUAUUGAAGCAAAGAAAUGUUGAACUUUUUCAGUUAUUUUCCAAAAGAUGGAAAACAGAGACACUACAUUAAAUCUUAUAAAUAGUAAAGAAGGCAGCAUUUCUCUUUGCUGCUUCUUUUUUAUUUCUUGAUGUAGCAAAUCUUACCAGUUCUCUUGGUAAUGUCAUUAUCAGGUCAGUGGAAUGUCAUCAGAGUUCUUUGUUCAAAGAGUAAGAGGAGAGCAGAAAAAGGGUUGCUAUUCUUUUGCACGUUACUGAAUAUUAAUUGAACUCUUGAAUCUUAAUCUUCAAAUAUUCUAAGAAAGAACUGUGAAUAGGGGAGGACUUAAAAGACAUGUCAACUAAUUCCACCUUUUUUUUUUUCUCCUGUGCUUUUAUCCUAAUAUUGGUUACAAUAAAUACAUAUAAUAAUGUA